CGAGAGAGAGAAGCGAGCUCGCGGGUAGUCCGUAUGCAACCCGCCUCACUUUCGAGAAAUGGCCGCAGCUAUGAGGUCCGUCAGCCGACUGUUGGUUCGUUCGAGCCAAAAUUCGGCCGCCGUUUCGGCAGCCCCGGCUCUAAGCCCUUCGCAGCGCAAUUAUGGAACUGGAAAGCGCAUCGAAGUGGCCAAGCCUGUGGUCGAGUUGGACGGUGAUGAAAUGACCCGCAUCAUCUGGGAAAAGAUCAAGGAAAAUCUGAUCUUCCCGUACCUCAAGCUGGAGUGCCUGUACUACGACCUUGGUUUGCCCCAUCGUGAUGCCACGGACGAUCAGGUCACUUUCGACUCCGCAUACGCCAUUCUGAAGCACAAUGUUGGUAUCAAGUGCGCCACUAUCACCCCUGACGAAGAAAGAGUCAAAGAAUUUAAACUGAAAAAAAUGUGGCCCUCUCCUAACGGCACCAUUCGUAACAUCCUUGGUGGCACCGUUUUCCGUGAGCCAAUCAUCUGCAAGACAAUCCCCCGCAUCGUGCCUGGCUGGACCAAGGCGAUCAUCAUCGGACGUCACGCUCACGGUGACCAGUACAAGGCCACUGAUUUUGUGUGCGACAGGCCUGGCAAGGUGGAGCUGGUCUACACCCCCGACGGUGGCCCUCCGCAGCGCGUCGAGGUCUUCACCUUCACCGGCCAAGGAGGCGUAGUCAUGGGCAUGUACAACACCGACGAGUCCAUCAGGGACUUUGCCCACUCCAGUUUCCAAGUUGCCCUCAAGAAGAAGUGGCCGCUCUACAUGAGCACCAAGAACACCAUCCUGAAGCGCUACGAUGGCCGCUUUAAGGACAUCUUUGAGGAAAUUUAUGAAAAGACGUACAAAAAGGAUUACGAAGCUGCCGGCAUUUGGUAUGAGCAUCGCCUGAUUGACGACAUGGUCGCUCAGGCUCUGAAGUCUAAUGGAGGUUUUGUUUGGGCCUGCAAGAACUAUGAUGGUGACGUCCAAUCUGACAUUGUUGCCCAGGGCUACGGUUCUCUUGGUUUGAUGACCUCCGUGCUGAUGUGUCCUGAUGGUAAAACCAUCGAGGCUGAAGCCGCCCACGGUACUGUGACCCGUCAUUACCGUCAACACCAGAAGGGAUUGCCAACCUCCACAAACCCAAUCGCUUCCAUCUUUGCCUGGACCCGUGGUCUCGACCACCGUGCCAAGCUUGACGGCAACCCUGAGCUGGAGCGCUUCUGCCUGCUCCUGGAACAGGCCUGCGUGGAUACCGUGGAUUCUGGCAAGUUGACCAAGGACUUGGCUGCCUGCAUCCACGGGCUCAAGAAUGUCAAGGAUGACAUGUAUCUCAACACAAUGGAUUUCCUCGACGCCAUCCGAGUUACCCUCGACCAAAAGCUUGCUGGAAAGUAACUUUUCCUUAAAAUUUUCUCCAAAAGAACACUCCCUGGAAGUUCCCUCGUGUGCGCCCAGCGCUAUUCCAGAAGUUUUUAACAUUCAUAAUAGAAUCAGUAGAUCAUUUUAAACAAGUCGGAAUCAAAUUUGAAGCAGUACAAGUCAUUUUGCAGAUAGUUAAAAAUGUUGGAGACUUAAUUUACCGCAUAACCGUGCAUCGAGGUUGAGUACCUAGACUGAAUUCUAGUAUUUUAUGGCGCUUAAAUUUUACUAGCUCGGGAAAUAUUACUCCAUCAGUAUCUAAAUUUGGAUCAAUACGCUUCAUUAAGUCCUUUGUACACUUAUGUUUCAAUCAUUGAAAGGUGUCUACGCAAAACAAAAAUGUGCAACUAUAUAAUCAAUCAUGUAUUAUACACACUAUAAACAGUUCCCACCUGUCUUCAGGUAGAUCACAGAUGGAUAUAUAAUGAUGCGGCAACAAAUCAUAAUUAUUAGAAUUCCUGUUUUUAUUUUUGAAAAGUAAUAAAGCAAGCGUACAAAUGUGGAACUAUAAACAA